AUGACGAAUGGCAGCCUUACGUGUACACCCACGUCCCGCUAUCACGAAAGCGGGCGACAAUUUAGUCCACGCAUUUGGCGAGGCAUCUACAUUGUCGGCAAAGUGCUCACUGCAUUCCUCUUCCGUGCUUUGGAGGACUUCAUCUAUGUUUUUAUUCGCCCCUUCCUGCCCGGGCGCUACGGCCAGUGCGGCACGCCCGUGGGGGAAGUCAUACACCGCGGAGCACUUUUCUGCUGGUUUCUGGUGCUCAUCAUUAUCGGCCUGCCUCUGGCCCUCAUUGGCUGCAUCCUCCGCGUGGUGGCCGUGAGCGCCGGCAAAAGAGAUUUCACCUUCGUUCGACCCCGAGGGGCGCCCCUCCAGCCACCUUCGCUCGCCGACGAUGAAGAAAUAACCAUCACGCUGCGUACGCAAAACAUCGGCUUCUUGCCCACCGUCUCGCCAGCCAACGGCCUGGCGACCCCCAUGAAGCGCGUUCGUGCACUUCUCGCGGACCUGCGGAGUGGGCUGGACGACGUGGUGUGCCUGCAGGAGGAGUUUGACUUGGACGUGUGCGACUACCUCCUCUCGCACCUGCACGAUGACCUGGAACCCAGCACGUCGGCCGAACUCUCGCUCAUGGACGAAGACGACGUCGAAACGGCCUCCCUCCCCCAGAACAAAGAUCGCUCCUCGUCCUCCUCGUCCUUCCACGGCAAUCGCAUCUCUGCACCCGGCAAGUACGGAUGGAUGGUGAUGGACGUCGACGGCAAGGCUUACCGACUCAACUCCGGCCUGUUCGUGGCUUCGCGCUACCCGCUCGAAGCACCCGAGUUCGUGCGGUACCACAUCUGCACCAACGAGGACGUGCUGGCCGGUAAGGGCGUCCUCGCAUGCACCGUUGUCGUGGGCGAGACGUCGACCGGCCAGAAGAUCAAGAUCACCAUCUUCACCACGCACGCCCAGGCAGGGCGACAACGAAGAGCGGCGCGGGUGCGCGAAAUUCAGUACGAGAUGGUGAUGCACUUCAUCGACUACUACAACAGAAAGCACAUCGGGCCCGACGACAUCCUGGUCUCGUCCAUCUUCAUGGGGGACUUCAACUUUUCGCCGAUCAUGCCGCGGCCGUCGGCCAUCACGGGCAAGCUGGUGACUUGCCUCGAGUGGCAGCCCAACAAGACGCUGUUCCACAAGCACCACUUCGUCAACAACUUCUACGAACACUCGCGCGACGGCGAGAAAAGAGCCCGCAACCGGGAGCUGAUCUUCCAGAUCCAGGACCUUUUCCACGCCGAGGGUGUGCGUCUGUUGCUCGAGCGACGGGCGGCGUCGCUUCCUCACCCCACGGGGCACGUGGAGCUCGAAGAGCUCUCCUCCGCGUCGGGCUUCUCCAGCGAGACGACCGUCCACAUCCCCCUGGACCAGAGCGGUGGCAAGCGCCGGGCCGAGCAACUCGAGAGUCCGCCGGGAAGCGAAGGCGAAUCGGACAGUGAAGACGAGGACGACGAGGAGGAGGAUGAGUGGAACGAGACGACGUACGGGGGCGAGGGGAGCAGCGAGGGGAGCAGCAACGCGGGGCUGGGGAGAGUGGAGGAAAAGGUGUGGAAGAUGGACAUCGCGACGCUGCUCAAGGUGCUCCAGGUGUGGGCCGAGAGAAGAGCGCAGGCCGCCACCGCCAAGGCGGAAGCCGCGAGCAACGCCGACGCCGAGGAGCAGCUGGGCAACGUGAUCAAGGCCGAACUGGUGCGCCAGCUCCGGGUCCGGAAACGGGUGUUCGUGGCCGAAGACGAGGUCAACGUGCGGGGCAUCGUCCCGCUCGCCAUGCAGCUCAGGCUCGUCCCACGCGUGCAGGACGAGUCUCGGCCGGCCGCGCAAGCGCACGGCGACAGCAGCAAGGGCAAGGAAAAGGCGGACGGCGGCGACACAAAGGACCGGCGGGAUAGCUCGCGACGAGAGCCCGGAGGAGGCGGCGGCGGCGGUGGUGAUCCGGUGGCGAAGGAUCUCGAGAUGGCCCCGGUCUCGCGGAAGCGGGCGGACACUGGAACGGGGAUCUGGGCGGGAGCUUACGAGCCGCUCAUACCGGGAACCAUCCUGGACACGCGCAAGUACGCCGGCAAAUUCUCGCAGAGGGUGCGGUUCAACGACAUCGACCACGUCCUGAUGAAGAAAUACAUGCCCGGGCGGAGUGUGUCCGUGACGAAAGGGCGCAUCAGCAUCGUGUGGGAGGGGGUCAACACCUUCUCGGACCACUACGGCAAGCGAUUGACCCUCAAACUGAAUGUCGCCCAGCUCGUCGCCAAGCGAAACAAGCAGGCCGACAGAAAGCGCAAGGGCUCCAGCUUCCACAAAGAAAAGGACGACGAGAAGCACAGCACGAAACACGAGAGGCGACCCGAGGAAGAUGAUGGCGCUGACGACGAUGAUAACGACGGCUGA